AAAACUUUUGUGCUGUUUUGCUUGCGGUUCAUAAAAAGUGUGAAAUUGUACAAAAAAUACUUUUUUCUAUAUCAGUUUUGACCCGUAAAAUACUAUUUUAAUCAAAUAUAAGUUAUACCUUUGAAAUCAUUGUGAAAUAUGUUGGCAGAGUCAUCUUUACAACAAGGUUAGAACGCCAACAAUUCUAAAAUCACUCUCCAGUAAUUUAGUUUCAGUUGUAGAAAGACUACAAUGAAUAAUGAGAAAAGGAAUACUAGAGGUAGAGGUAGAGGACGUGGUCGCGGUCGUGGUAGAGGCCGUGGGAGAGGCAGAGGCAAGAAAGUGCCUAAAGUUAUGUCCAGUGAUGAAGAGGAAUGUUCAGUGGAAGAAACCUUACAAGAUCAGGAAGAGCCAGUGAAUGAGGAGCUUCCUGUUAAAGACGAAAUCGAAGAACCCGAACCUCCAAAGUUGGAGGUACCAUCAGAUAUAUCCCAGUUGGAAACUCCAGUGUUCACUACACUGCAGAGAGGACCACCAGAACCUAUGUUGCGAUUGGAUUGGAGCCAUCGAGCUACACUUAUCGGAGAGAAAGUGUUGAACCCUAUGAUUUACUGUUGUGAUAUUUGCUCAAAACCAAUACUUAUAUAUGGACGUAUGAUACCAUGCAAACAUGUAUUUUGCCUUUCAUGUGCAAGAGCAGACCAUACGCACUGUCCUAGGUGCAGAGAAAAGGUAUUACGAGUGGAACAAACUGGCUUGGGUACUGUGUAUAUGUGUACCCAUUCAGGAACAAGAUAUGGUAACACUGGUUGCAGAAGAACUUAUUUAUCUCAGAGAGAUCUCCAAGCACACAUCAACCACAGGCAUUUACCGUCUGCUAGUGAAACUAAACCAGAGUCGGAGCCGGCCACCAGCUCUGUCGCUGUCGUCAAACCAUUGUCUAUGGGGGCGACGGCGGGCGACCCGCGCGCGGCAGUCGGGGGCGGCGCGGGGGGCGCGGGGGCGGCGGUGGGGGCCGGCGCGGGGGCGGGCGCGGGGGGCGACCGCACGCGCGCGCCCCGCACCAACCUCAUCACCGUGCCCAUACACGACCAGACCGACACGCAUAACUACUACAACUACUAUCCGCAACAGUCUGUGGGCGCGGUGGUGGCGCACAGUAUGUCUGUCCCGCCGCCGUACUACGCGCCGCCGUACUCGGCGCCGCCCGCCGCGUAUGUGCCGCCGCCGGGUAACAGCGUGGCGGGGGUGUCCGGUCUAGCGGGCGGCGUGGGGUUGGGCGGGGCCGAGGGGGGGCGGUGGGCGGAGUACGCCGCGCCCGCGCCCGCCCCCGCCCCGCCCGCCCCCUGGCCCCCGCAAGCCCCCCACCAUUACUACAGGUAGAGACUACCGCUACGACGUUACAAAUAAAC